AAGAGCCCACGAUCCUCAAGUUGCUUCUGCCUUUUAACCUUUUUCCCUGGACCUGGUGGAAUCUCCUUAUCACACUGUGGGUGAAGAUGUUCAUAUUACACAGGGAAUAAACAAGGCUACAGCCUUGGGUCUGGUGAGGCAUCAGACAGAAAGGAGCCAGAGCCCAGGGUUAAAAGGCAGACUCAGGCCAUGAACAAUCGGUCACCUUGAGAGGGAGAUAGAUUGUCUGUCUGAGAAUGUUCAGUUCUGGGUCUAAUCAACAAGUACAGAAUGCAUGGUCACUAUACAGAGUCAGAAAUGAACACAAAAGCAUUAAAGUACAAUUUUUCCAUUACAGUCACAACCACGGACAAUGUAAAUAAUUAUUCCUUUGUUUGUGUUAAUUUCAGCUCAGAGCCGCUGCUCUACUCUUAUCAGUGGCUGCUGAAAGGAGAGGCUGUAACUGAGGCCCUCAUACAGGCUGCUCGACAGCUUGUUUCCUCACAGAAUACGACCUUUAGAGACGCAUCUGACCUGUCUUGUACAGCACAUGUGUCCACUGGUCCUGAUGAGGAGUUUGAAAAAGCAUGGUUACGCACACAUGCGGACAAACUAACCUCAACCUCUCUGUUUUGGGAUGAACAUAGGGUCUGCGCUUGCGAUUUCUCUCACUAAUGAGCAAGAGAGAUUUGUUGGGUGCUUAAUCUACAGAUCCACAUGUCCUUCUGUCAAAACAUGACGGACACAGAUGGCAGGACUUGGGUCCUUUCGUGGACAGAUGUCAACUGGCAAACGACUUCCGACCCGUAUGCGAUGUAUUCACCUACUUUGCAUGCUUACAAAAAACUUUUUCUGUCUAACUUUCAUGCGCAGCGUACAGUGCACUUGGUACCUCAACAUUCCACACACACUCCACACCACAUGUUUUUGUCGGAGGACGCUCUGACGCAGUAUCCAGCCUUACAGGAAGUUCCAGCUUCCCUGUGGGCCACACACAAAUAUGAUGUAGGUUUGAUCAAAGGGUGUGACCCAGUGGUCAUCACGCCAAAAUCUGACUACAGACCAUGCAAACAGCAAUACCCUUUAAAGAGAGAAGCAAUUGAAGAAAUAACACCGGUGUUUAACUCUCUUUUGAAAGCAGGAGUCAUCGUCCCAUGUGACAACUCUCCAGUGAGGACUCCACUCCUCCCGGUUAAGAAAAUCAGAGACAAAGGACAGCCAACAGAAUGGAGGUUUGUCCAGGAUCUGCAAGCAGUAAAUGCGGCGGUCCAACCACGCGCGCCUACGGUGAAAGCGGCUCUGCCCAAACAGGCGACAGAACCACUGCACAUCAUUCAACCAGGAGACUGGGUGAUCAUUAAGGAGCUUCGCAGGAAGCACUGGAACUCAAAGCGGUGGCAAGGUCCCUUCCAAGUCCUUCUGACGACCAACACGGCUGCGAAGAUCGCAGAAAGAGCGACUUGGAUACACUCCAGCCACUGCAGGAAGGUCCCGGAUCCGACAGACGACCCUCCAUCUACAUCUACACCACACGGAGAAAACCACCACUGACGAAAAGAACUGAGAAGGACGACCCUCGCUGUGCUCACACACGCACUGAGACGAGGCUGCGUUGACCGUUCAGCUAAAGGUAUGAGCCAAGCGCCGCCUGAAGCUGCGCCGGUGAAUCACACUAUCAGACCAUACAUCUACACACACGCUCCUGAGAAAACACACACACGAGCAGCCUCGAGUUGCUGAUGCUGGACGACGUGUAGACUCUUCACAUCACGGGAGUGACAGUGACUCAGACGACAUUGGGAGGAAACCUGGCGGUGAUAACGAAUCCCAGGUGUCCCUGUGAUCAGCUGAUCAUAACCUGAAGAACCCCAACGAACUGUCAAGGUGUCAACAAACAGGUUGGAAACAAUCUAACGCUACUGUUCAACAGGAAGAAGAAGACAUUGAUUGUGACCCUGUUGUUUUUGAUAUGUUACUUUAAUAUUUGCUCUAAAUUAUGUGGUUGAUUUACAUGUAUACCUCUUUGUGAUUUCAGCCACUAUUUUUAAACAAAGCAUUUUAUGCUUCCACUUGAUUAACACUUACACACAAAUUUUUAUCUUCCACUGACACAAAAUGACAUUCACCAGACGAAAAACGAUAAAAAUGAUUGUCAUAUCAACCAUUGCGGUGACAUGUGUGACCUUCCCGUACUUCUGGAGAACUCACACACUUGUUCACUAUAGAUCCAAACGCGACAUUAAGGACCCUAAAGCCUGGCAGCUUGCCCAAAACUACGUAAAUCAGAACCCCACAGGGAACUUAUGGUUAGUGUACCUCAACUUCUAAAACCCUCACAAACAAUUCAUGUGUAGCAUGUGCUGUCGCCAGACCCGAUCUCAUGGCUGUGCCCACUCCCUUUAACAGUAGUGAGUGUUACAACGAGCGACAACUGUACAAUAAGGACACCGGGUGUAGAAACACUGCGGACCCCAGCGCUCCGAGAUGUGAUCCGGCUUGCAAAAUGUGCGCCUUGCACAAUCUGGGCAAGGGUAUGGAGAUGUACAGUCCCGUCACACAUAAGAAAGUUGAGGUGGCCGAUAUCAAGGUAACAAAAAAGGAGCCCGCGGCUCCCUUGUGUUACACGGUGUGUACCAUGUGUCAGUUCGAAUGCUUCACCUCCAGCCUCGACGGAGGAAUAGAUGUAGGCCACUUCCCCAAUUGCCACUUGACAUGGGACGUCUCCAACGCACACGGGCUUAAACCUGAAGACCAGGUGAUUCGGUUUGCGAUUCCAACUCACACCGAUGCUGCCCCUUUACCCUCAUAUACAUAUAGGAUCAAUAAUGUCUCACACGUUGCCCCAUCCUCUACCGACUUAGUCCAGCAAAGGAAGCCCUUGUCCGACAUGUGGUGGCUCUGCAGGGAUCACCCCAGGGUCACCUUACCAACCAAUUGGACCGGCACCUGUACUCAGGUAGUGUUCCUCACAGGGGGAAUACACCUUUUGCCCUCAGCUCCACAGAAACACUCACGCACCAGGCGCAAGGCUCCAGGAGGUUCCUUGGAUCCUGACCUUUACAUAGAUGCAAUAGGCGUACCAAGAGGAGUGCCGGAGGAGUUUAAGGCUCGCAACGAGCAUGCGGCGGGGUGGACGAGUGCUAUUCCCUUUAUGGGCCCCAUAAUAGAGGUUAACAAGAAUUCGGCCUGGAUUAACUACCUUUAUUACAAUCAACAGCGUUUCAUCAACAAAACUGCGGGCGUUAUGAGAAGCAUGUCUGGGCAGCUGGCUCCUACGUCUCAGAUGACUUGGCAGAAUAGAAUGGCCCUGGACAUGUUGCUAGCGGAGAAAGGAGGUGUCUGCGUUAUGUUUGGAGAAGCGUGCUGUACUUUUAUCCCCAACAACACUGAUUCUAAUGGUACUGUGACAAAGGCUAUCGAGGGCCUUGAGAGUCUUAGAGAUGAAUGGGCUAGAAACUCCGGCGUAGAUCCGUCCCCUUGGCGCUGGCUAGACCAAACUUUUGGAAAAUGGAAAUCAGUUUUUAUGUCGGCAUAAGUCUCGCUUAUCAUCUUCAUGGCUGUGAUCAUGUUGCUUGGUUGUUGUGUUAUUCCUCCUAUUAGGGGUCUCAUCAUGCGCGUGAUAUCAGCGGCGCUUUUGUACCAAAUGACACAAUGCACUACAUUCAGGAAUCCGGACACCGGUUCACUCAUUAAUUCUGAUGCUGACUCUGUAGAAGAUGAUGUUGACGUUGAUAACGAGGACCACAAAGAUGACUCAGAUGAUGAUGGUAGUGACACAGAGACUGUCUCCACAAUAGUUUAAAUCAACAUAUAACCCUCUUCCCAUUUUUGCUUGACUGAACAUGAUCUGAUUGGUUAUAGGCUUAUGUCCCUGUCUUUCCAAAAGCUCAUACACAAGGGUUAUUCUAGUAUAACUACCCACAAAAACAGCUUAUAAUCUUUUAUCCCUACGCCAUUUACAUUUUUAUAAGCAAUACAUUAAACGAAUCAUUUUUAAAGAAUCCUUUAUUACUACAAAAUGAAUGCCACGAUUGACAAUUUUUACCCUUUUAAUGUUUGAUUAAUGUGUAAUCAAAAGGGGGGAAAUGUAAUAGAAAAAUUGUACUUUAAUGCUUCUUGUGUUCAUUUCUGACUCUGCAUAGUGACCAUGCAUUCUGUACUUGUUGAUUAGACCCAGAACUGAACAUUCUCAGACAGACAAUCUAUCUCUCUCAAGGUGACCGAUUGUUCAUGGCCUGAGUCUGCCUUUUAACCCUGGGCCCUGGCUCCUUUCUCUCUGAUGCCUCACCAGACCCAAGGCUGUAGCCUUGUGUAUUCCCUGUGUAAUAUGAACAUCUUCACCCACAGUGUGAUAAGGAGAUUCCACCAGGUCCAGGGAAAAAGGUUAAAAGGCAGAAGCAACUUGAGGAUCGUGGUCUCUUUGCAUCACGCCUUCGUGGUGUGUGCACUGAUCUCCCCAGCUGGUUUUCUUUUUUUUAUUUGCUUUCCCCAUUAUUUUUAUUUUUUCCUUUCUUUAUUAUUUCAAUAAAUCGCACAAAAGGACAACUCUCUCAUCUGCUUCUUUAUGGGAAAUUUCCACCACACUGACUGACUGCUCAGACAUGUGACACCAUACAGUGAGCAGACCAGACGUAUGUCAUGAACCUGGGCUGUUCCUGUGCUUUUGUGGUUGGCCAUGUUCAUUUCCUGUUUUAUUUUGGUAGUGUUUCCGGUUUCUGUUCUGUUGUGUCUUUUGCCUACUUUACGUUUCUGAUCACGUGUCCUGUCAGCUGUCUCCACUCAGUAAUUAGUUUCCUGCGUUUAAACUCCAGUACACAUCUGUGCCACCAUCUAUCGUGGUGUAAUGUUGUAGAUUAGCAAACAAAAUGUAUGCAUCAUUGUGCUGACACAAUACAUUUACUGUUAAAACCAUCUUGCUACAGCCUAAUUAGAUGGAACACAAACAUAAGUGCAUAUUUUUUACAACUGAUUCUGGGUAAGCGAGUGUGAUAUUGUGCUUAUUGAACAGUCUAAUUGCAGCAAAGAGCAAAGAUCUCCUUCCCAUGACAAGGGUGGAUCAGUCUGUCACAGAAGCUGCUCCCCAGAUCAGACGGUGUGUCCUGCAGUGGGUGAAAGUCAAGGUCCAGGAUAGAUGUUGGCUUUGCCAGGACUCUUCUGUC